CAUACCAAAGUCGGUCACCGCUGGUGCAGCACACUGUACUUGUAGCAGCCUCACAUACCGAAAGUAUUGUCUGCCACCACACACACGGGUAGGAUCCAUCCGCUGAGCGUAAACCGCAGAACCCAAUAACGAACUUUGUUACAUGGCUACAAGAAAGUUGUUUAGAAACUUGUUAGAAAAAGGAGUGAAUGCAAUCAAAAGUCAACAGCCAUUUGAAGCUAAGGCGACCGCGGCUGCGGCCGUUGCCCCAGAUCCACAUCUAACCCCUCCGGAACCGUCUGGUCCGAAAAUACUAACGAGUGUCCCUGGACCCAAGUCCAUAGAGCUGAAAGAACGCUUAAAUGGAAUCCAAAACACGGAAGCGAUUCACUUCUUUGUCAAUUAUAACGAGAGUCAGGGUAACUACGUCAUGGAUGUUGACGGCAACGUCAUGCUGGAUUUGUACAAUCAAAUAGCAUCAUUACCGCUAGGCUACAGUCACGCUAAACUGUUGAAAGUUAUGACGGACCCUGGCAAUACGGCUGCCUUCGUCAACCGCCCCGCUCUAUGUGUGCACCCCCCUGGAAACUGGCCUGACAAGUUGUUUUCGACUUUACUACACGUGGCACCGCAGGGUUUACAUCAAGUGAUGACAAUGGCAUGCGGCGCAUGCUCAGUUGAGAAUGGGCAGAAGGUGUUGUUCAUUGCUUACAGAAACCGACAACGAGGAGGCAUGCCACCUACCGACGAGGAACUGGUCAGCUGUGUAGAAAACAAGGCACCUGGUUGCCCGCCACUUACCUUCCUUGGAUUUAAAGGUGCAUUCCACGGCAGAUCCAUCGGCGCUCUGGCUAUAACACACUCACGACCGGUACACAAGCUGGACGUGCCGCAGCCCGACUGGCCCAUGGCACCUUUCCCGAGACUGAAGUACCCGCUCGAUGAGUUCGCUCGUGAAAACAGGAAGGAGGAGGACAUGUGUUUAGCAGCGACUCGAGAGCAGAUUGAGAAGUACAACAACAAGGGGACGCCAGUGGCAGGAAUGGCGGUGGAACCCAUUCAGUGUGAAGGGGGAGACAAUCACGCAACUCCUUAUUUCUUUCAAGGUCUCCAGGACAUAACAAAGGAGUAUCACAUGGGAUUUUUGAUCGACGAGGUCCAAACAGGAUGUGGCGCCACUGGCAAAAUGUGGGCACAUGACCACUGGGACCUUAAGGAUGGUCCAGACGUUGUGACCUUCGCGAAGAAGAUGCUAACUGGCGGGUUUUACUACAAGGACAAGUAUAGAGUCAAGGAGGGAAUGCGAAUUUUCAACACCUGGAGUGGUGACCCCUCGAAGGUGGCACUGCUGGAGGCCUCUCUGAACGUCAUCAACGAAGAGGACCUCAUCAACAACAUGAUGCGUGUUGGAGACUACUUGCAGAAAGGACUUCACGACAUGCAGGUUCGAUUCCCAGGCGUCGUGAUGAACGCUAGAGGACUCGGCGCCAUGUGCGCCAUUGACUUCUGUGAUGCGAACACCAGAGAUGCAGCCAUCCGCCAUCUCAGGAACAAAGGCGUUCAUACCGGAGCUUGUGGACCUGUGGCCGUCAGGCUGAGACCUAGUCUGAUUUUCAAGCAUCACCAUGCUGACAUCUUCUUUGACAUCUUCCAAUCAGUUCUCAAGGACUUGCAGAAGUGAACGCGCCAUCACUGACAUUCGUAUUUUAUCUUUUUCCCGCUGUGAACGGGCUUGCUGCAUUUUACGCACGACUUGCUUAUUAAUAUUCAAGACUUCUACUCUUUUAUAUAUAUUUCAUCAAAUGGGCGUUUUUAUCAUUAUUGUAAUAAACGUAUAAUUACACUGACCCAAUUAAUUCUACUGUGUGUACAUCAAUGGGCGUUUUAUCAUUGUAAUAAAAUUAUAAUUAUAUUGACCCAAUUAAAAGCGGUGCAUGAAAGAAUGAAUGUUUAACGACACCCCAGCACGAAAAAUAAAUCGGCUUAUUGGGUGUCAAACCAUGGUAAUGCAAACA